UGAAAGCCAAAUGGAGCGCCCAACACGGCGUCGGAACCGCGCAGCUUUCCCCGUCGCAACGAAGACCAACCGCUCCCAUUCGGCUCGUUCAGACGCCCACCGCCUGAGCGGGUGGAAAGACUCUCCCUGCUUUUGCAUGCGCGACGGGCGAACAGAAGAAAACUUGGACAACCUCGCUAACUAACGCGUCUUCCACACCCCGUCGUGCCGUGCUCCACGCGUCCACCGAUGAACGCGCGCCGAUUCGGCUGGCUCGCCUAUACACGCGCACACGCCCGCUGCAGACGCGCACGCGAGACAGACACUCCCCCCCCCCCCCCCCCCACACACACGGACACGCCCGGCUCUAGCUAGAGCGACCGUUCGCGCAGGUAACCCUGCACCUCUCGCCGGUGAGGCACUGAGGCAGUGCGGGAGCAAGUGAGUGAUCGGUCCUAGCCAUGAGGUGUUUACGGCGGUGGCUUCCGUUCGGCGGAGACGGCGGCUGCGGUGGAGGGGGGAGCGUGGCAGACGGGCUGGUGUGGGACGUGGCCCUCAAGGCGCACGCGUCGGGGGACUACUCCGUCGCCGUGGCGCAGGCCAACGAAAGGCUCGAGGACCAGGCGCAGGUGCUCGCGUCCCCGUCCGCGACGCUCGUCGGCGUGUACGACGGGCACGGCGGGCCCGAGGCCGCGCGGUUCGUCAACGCGCGCCUCUUCUCCCUCAUCCAAGAGUUUGCAUCUGAAAACGGUGGCCUCUCGGCGGAGGUGAUCAACAAGGCCUUCGGCGCCACGGAGGAGGAGUUCAUGGGCAUGGUGCAGAAGUCGUGGCCGUCGAAGCCGAGGAUCAUCUCCGUGGGCUCCUGCUGCCUGGUGGGCGCCGUCGAGGACGGGACGCUCUACGUGGCCAACCUCGGCGACUCGCGCGCCGUGCUCGGCCGCCGCGCCGCCCUGGGCAAAGGGAAGCGGGUCGUGGCCGAGCGUCUCUCGAGGGAUCACAACGUCGCCGACGAGGACGUGCGGCGGGAGGUGGCCGAGAUGCACCCCGACGACUCGCACAUCGUCCUCAACAGCCACGGCGUCUGGCGGAUCAAAGGGAUCAUUCAGGUGUCGAGGUCCAUCGGCGACGUGUACCUGAAGAAGCCGGAAAUCUGCAAGAACAACCCGAUGCUGCAGCAAUCCAUCUGCCCGUUCCCCCUGCGUCGCCCCGUGAUGAGCGCCGUCCCGUCGAUCAAGACCCGGAAGCUGCGGCCCGGCGACCGGUUCCUCAUCUUCGCGUCGGACGGCCUGUGGGAACAGCUCACCGACGAGGCCGCGGUGGGCAUCGUGGCCAGCAGCCCGAGGAAGGGCGUCGCGAUGAGGCUGGUGCGGUCCGCGCAGCUGGAGGCGGCGCGGAAGAAGGAGGUGAAGUACGAGAGGAUCCGGACGAUCGAGAAGGGGCAGAGGAGGCACUUCCACGACGACAUCACCGUCGUGGUGCUCUUCCUCGACAAGUGCAAGGGUGCCGCGCGGUCCAGCCCCGACGACAUCGACAGCACCUACGCCCCCGUUGACGUAUUCUCCUUCAGCCCCGCCGGCGACCAGGACGACCCAACGAGGCCCGUCCUGCGUUGAUCGGUGUUCUUCGUGUUGUCGAGACUGAACAUACUGUUUUACAUACUGUUCUUUCAGUGCUUGCUUUGCUCUCUAAGACACUUUUAGUUGCCACUGACUUUGCGCGGAUUCGCAUAUUUGCGUGAUCUCGCAAAUCAACCAGUCUUUUGCUUCAGGAUUGUACAGUUUUCCCAAGCCCUUCUAAGCCAAUUUGGGAUGCAGGGACUUUUCCUGGUUCCUGCAAGAAUUCAGUUCUUUCGCGUCCAACAAGUAUUACUCCAUUAAACUACUUGUGUCAUGCAUGUGUUGUGAUUUGUACAUUUUCAUCAAUUCCAAAAAGAAAAGGAAAAAAAUGUGAAUCUUCAACUGCA